AUGUCUGACCUCUCCAACGAAAAGAUGGCGACCACGACCGAGAAGUCUGGCGGCACCGACACGCCGCCUCCCGAGAUCAUCCACGGCAUCGAAGAGACACAGCCCGUCGGGAAGCCAUGGAUGUACAAGCAAUUUAAACUGGGGCCCAUCACCAUUCCCGCCUAUGCAACACCUCAGUUCCAGAUCGUCUUUGUUGCCCUUGUGUGCUUCUUGUGCCCGGGUAUGUUCAAUGCAGUCAAUGGUCUCGGUGCCGCCGGCCAGGUCAAUGCGCACGAUAUCAACAACGCCAGCACUGCCAUCUACGCCACCUUUUCCGUGGUCGGCUUCUUCGCCGGUAGCAUUGCCAACAAGAUUGGUCUUCGCUUGACCCUGGGCUUUGGAGGCUUCGGGUACUGCCUGUACAUUGCCUCGAUCUUGUCCUACAACCACAACCAGAAUGCCGGUUUCCUUAUCUUUGCUGGUGCCUUGCUGGGUGUCUGCGCUGGUCUGCUGUGGACUGCCCAGGGAGCCGUCAUGAUGGCCUAUCCCCCGGAGAAAUCCAAGGGCCGAUACAUUGCCGUCUUCUGGAUGAUUUUCAACUUGGGUGCGGUGAUCGGUGCUUUGAUCCCCCUUGGCCAGAACCUGCAUUCUACCGCCAACAAGGUUCAGGAUGGCACGUACAUUGCUUUCAUCGUCCUGAUGGCCGUGGGCUUUGUCCUGGCCGGAUUUCUCUGCAACCCUUUCCUCGUUCGACGCAGUGACGGCUCGCGAGUCAUCCUGAUGAAGAACCCGACCUGGAAAUCCGAGAUCAAGGGCCUGUUCGAGGUCCUGGUGACCGAUUGGUACAUCCUUUUCCUCUUCCCCAUGUUCUUCGCCUCCAACUGGUUCUACACCUACCAUUUCCAGGACGUGAACCUGCCCUACUUCAACAUCCGUACUCGUGCCUUGAACAACGUCCUGUACUACCUGAGCCAAAUCAUCGGCGCCUGGAUUUUUGGCUUCUUGCUGGACACCACCUACUUCCGCCGCACCACCCGCGCAAAGAUCGCCCUCGGCGCGCUCUUCGUGCUCACCUUUGUCAUCUGGGGCGGUGGCUAUGAUUUCCAGAAAAGGUACAACCGCGCCGAGACGAGUGCAGCCGACUACCACAAGCUCGACUUUACCGACCCAGGCUACGUCGGCCCUAUGUUCCUGUACAUGUUUUACGGGGCUUACGACUCUGUUUGGCAGACCACUUCGUACUGGCUCAUGGGCGCCAUGACCAACAACGGACGCAAACUCGCCAACUUCACCGGCUUCUACAAGGGCAUCCAGUCUGCGGGUUCGUCCAUCUCGCCGCAACUCGACGCCAACAAUGUCUCCUUCAUGACCGAAUUCGCCGUCAACUGGGGCAUGCUGGCUGGUUCGCUCGUGCUCGCCGCCCCCGUCAUCUGGACCAAGGUCAAGGACACGACCGACAUUGACGAGGAUCUCAAGUUCACCGACGAGACGAGGGAGGACGUGCUGCCCCCGAGCCCUGUCGGACCUAUCGUCGGUGCCGAGGGCAUGAUGGCCGAGAAGGAGGAGAGGAGGGUGUAA